AUGCCGACAAAGCGGCGAGUUCUUAGUGAUGUAGCUCAAUUGUAUGACCCCACUGGAUUUUUGGCACCAGUCAUUAUAUCGGGCAAGGUAUUUAUACAGACUCUUUGGUCUACGGGUAUAUCUUGGGAUACCCCACUACCUAAAGAUCUGUGUCAUAUUUGGUCUAAAUUUCGCAAUGACUUAGGUAUUCUCGAUAAGGUUCGUGUACCUCGAUGGCUUGGUAUGGAUGCAACUAAUCGUACUUCCCUCUAUGGUUUUUGUGAUGCCAGUCAGAAAGCCUAUGCUGCUGUGGUUUACGCACGCACUAUUGACAAUGAUGACAAAGCCAAUAAAUCCUUGCUUACCGCACGCACCAAGGUUGCGCCAUUGAAAGGAGCCACAAUCCCUCGACUGGAACUAUGUGGAGCUCUUUUAUUAGCCAAGACAAUUUGUAAUGUUCGCAAGGCGUUAAGUUUAGAAGAUACCUCUGUGCACUUACUGACGGAUUCCAGUAUUGUCUUGAGUUGGUUACGCAAACAGCCUGUGAUGUUAAAACCUUAUAUUGCCAACAGGGUUCGGCAAAUACAACAAUUGACGUCAUUAGAUUUGUGGCAUUAUGUACGUUCAGCGCAGAAUCCAGCGGAUUGCGCCAGCCGUGGUGUGACUCCAUCAGAGUUGCUGGGUCACCAUUUAUGGUGGUCAGGCCCAGACUGGUUACGUCAGAAAACAACCCCAUUUGACCAAGCACCAGAGUUACAAGCUGACGAACGUAUAACCAUGCAGAGUGAAGAGAGGUCUAGAGUUUUAACCUUCGCAUCCUCAAUUCGAUUGCAGCUUAUCACCCGACGUAUAGAUGGACAACAUAUUCCACUAGCACAGCGUUUUAGUUCCAUCAAACGACUUGUCAGAACUACAGCUAUAGUUCUGCUCUGGUUACCAAGGUAUCGCCAUUUUCGACAUCAUCUUGUUACCGCCCCAGAGAUGGAUAAUGCGCUUGAAUUGCUCAUUCGUAUUGAUCAAUCGUCUGCGUUUCCUCAAGACUUACGUUGUUUGGGCGAAGCAACCAACUUAUCAUCCUCGAGCCCCCCCUACUCGCAUUUAACCCCUACAUAG